AUGAAGUGGUCAGUAUUCGUAGCGUUUGUCUUUUUCCUUCGUGCUCAACAGUCAGACGCAGAAAACGUAGCAUCACCAAACUCUGAGAACUCGGGCGUCUCAGUGGCUUUUUGCGAUGAUUUUGAGACGAACGGAAAAGAAUAUUUCAAAAUAACUGCGAAAACUUUGGAACCUGUUAAUGGAGAGAGCAAAUUUAGUACAAGAAUUGACCCAAGCCGUGGGAAGCAACGAUACGAUCUCCCAGUAUUGAUACCGCAAAAAGGCGUUAAGCACAUCAAGGUAUUUUCUUCCUCUGGGGAAGAUAUCUGCCUCAAAGCUGUGUCCGUAGACACCAGCAUCUUUGUUGAAUCGCCAACGAACUUCCAGACUAUCUGCAGUGCAGAAGAAAAAAACUCUUUCCCGCCCUGUAAAGAGUUUAAAUCCAAGCUGAAGCCUUUGAAGUCAGACGCAGAAAAAGUAUCAAAGUCACAGAAGUCAGGUGUCUCAGUGGUUUUUUGCGAUGAUUUUCAGUCGAACGAAAACGCAUAUUUCAAAAUAAUUGCAAAAACUUUGGAAUCUGUUGAUAAAAAAUUCUUCUUUAGUGCAAGAAUUGACCUAAGCCAUAGGAUGCAGCGAUUUGAUCUCCCGGUAUUGAUACCACAAAAAGGCGUAAAGUACAUUAAGGUAGUUUCUACCUCUGGGGAAGAUCUCUGUCUUCAAGCUGUGGCAGUAGAUACGAACAUCUAUGUUGACUUGCCAACAAACUUUAAGACUACCUGCAGCGACGAAGAGGAAACCUCAAUCCCGCCCUGUAAAGAGUUCAAAUCCAAGCUGAAGCCUCUGCGUGUUUGCCCGAACAAGAUUUCCGAGUUGCUGAUAAGAGAAAAACUCAUUGAUACCUUACCGUCCCCUGAUACCGACGCGCGCCCGUUUGAAGUGCCGAAAUACAAUGCCAUUAAUGAUUAUGCCCAGGCAGGUUACGUUAUAGCUAAAGGGAUAGCAGAUCUUAAUAGUCGGGAGGGAGUCAAGCAAUAUAUCAACCAGCUUGAGUCUGCAGUGAAACUCACCAAGGUCUUCGGCGUAGAAGGGCCGCUUACCAAGAUUAACUCGAUAUUGGGCGCGCUUGGACCCGCACUCGGUAUCUUCGGUGGACUCACCAGUAUCCUUACUACAGCUUUGACUCCCAAUCCAUUUGACAAGCUAGCCGAGUAUCUACAAGAGGAAUUCACCGCCCUACAUAACCAUCUUAACCGUAUGAAGGGGGAACUAAAGGAACUUAUCAUGAAUGAAGGCGCCAUGACUAAGAUGGCUGAUGCGGUAGCCAGCAUUCGCUAUUCUCUCAGAGAAUUCCAAGAUAUAGCAAAGUCGCUAAAGAGAAAUCCCGUAUGUGGGACUAAUGAUUUGAUACUAGAAUACAGCGUCAAAAAGUUCGUCAGCAACUACAAAAAAAGAGACACGGGACACAAGCUUCUGGAUCUCUUGGUAGAUGAGCUUGGAUCUCUGCCACUGACGCGUUCACUCCUAAAGCCAUUUAUGAAAACUUACUGCAAAACAAAACCUGACAAAGUCAAA